AUGCCUAACUGGCGUGACCAGUAUCUCUCUGGCAUCAAAGAUGCAGAGCUCAAUACUCCCGUUAACAUGGAGCUUGUUCAGACAUGCUCACAGAUGGCAGAUCGCAUAUCUGCUCUCGAAAGUGAAAAGAAUAUUUUAGAAACACUGGUCGCAAAUCGCGGCAAAACGACUGCGCAACCCGCUGAACCUUCGACAAACGAUCCCGGCGUAGCGCAGCUAAAACAAGACCUCGCGGAAGCUCUUCGAUCGAAAGGUGUCACCGAGAAACGAUUGCGUGCGAGCGAAGAAGAGUUGAUGCAACUACGAUCAAAGCACAAGGCCGACACGAAAUCGAUACGAGACCUCACAGCCGAUAAGCAUAGUCUUACCACUAGACUCAAAGAUCGGGAAUAUGAGUUGAGGGAAAAGCGCAAAUUCAUUGAGGAUGUUCAAGAUGAGAUGAUUGCUCUGAAUCUACAAGUGUCGAUGGCCGAAAAAGAAAGAGACAAGGUCAAGAAGGAAAACAAGGAACUUGUUGACCGGUGGAUGAAGAGGAUGGCGCAAGAGGCAGACGCCAUGAAUCUUGCCAACGAGCCCUUCUUCGAAAAAGGACGAUGA